AUGGUAUCAGCCACGCCGGCGGAAGGAGCCUGCUGUGAGGGAAGAAGAUGCGUCUGUGGCGUCUUUCCAUCGCUGCGAGAGAGCAGCACCCAAACUGAUGAAGAAACCAAAGAACAUCCGCUUGAGGAAUAUGUCGAGGAAGAGUCGUUUGAACAGACUGAUGUGAGGAACCUUGAGCAGAACAUCCCGCUGACGUCUCAGUGUCCGCAUGUGAAGAAAUCCCUUCAGCAAGUGUUCGAGUGCGCCUACGCUCAGCUGGUUCUGCCUUGGUACGCCGUCCCUGAGCCCUGCGAGCAGCAGCCCCUGCACAAGGUGCUCAGCAGGGAUUUUGACUUUGUAAUUGACCGCAUCAUUGAGAGGGCCAGGGACUUUGAUGUCUGCCAGGCCAUGGUGGACUGCAUCAGGAUUCUGACGCAGCACUUGCAUGAUGCGAAGCAGUCUGACCGAGACCCGUUGUUCAGCGCUGCCGCUCUGGAAAUGGCGCUUCUCCGAGAGCUUUCCGACGCCUUGGUGCGCAGCCUGUUCCCCCGAUCUGUCUGGGGCCAAGAAACCAACCGCUGUGCCUUAAAUGAGAUCAUUGCCUUAAAGGGUCUGGGCCUCAUAGUGAAUUGGCUCUCUGACCCCGACAACCUGAACCAGCUGGUGGUGAAUCAGCUCGACGGAGUCGCUCUGAAAAGCUCUGCAGAGGAGCUGCGCGUAUCUGACCCAGAUCGCGCCUCCGUUUCUUCGUGGGAGGGCGAAACCGACGAGGAAGGCAGUGAAGUGAAUUUGCCUGGAGCAGAGAGUUCAACCGGUACUGCAGUCACGUUCCAAAGGAAAGGUCACAAGUUAAGGGAAGGAUGGUCCAAAUUUGUGGAUAAGAUGAAGACAAAGAAAGCCAAGAAGAAGAAGAUAAAAAAGAUGGAGCAAGAGCUGGUUAUGAGAAUCAUCGCGACCCAGGAAGACGGGUCCAACGAUGAGGACGGCGGCAGCAAAGAGGGCUCGGUCGUCAGCCAGGACGAGUCACACAGAGACGACAGCGAUCUGGACGAGUACCUGGCCAGCGUCCAGGAGGACAUGAUAGAGUUCAAGCUUUCUUAUGAGAUGUGGCGCGUUGGCUGCUGGGCUGUCAGCAUCCCUCAUGCCGACUGGGAGGACGACGAGCUAAUCUUCACCGUUCACUUGGAGGAAAAGGGCAGCCCUGAGAAUUUACACUGGGACAUCAAGAAGACUUACAUGGAUGUUGUUUAUUUCCACAACAGAUGGCAGGACUCCACCAGCCUUCCCACCGUCUCCACCCUGGAAGACUCUGAGGUCAGCGCUGAGGUGAAAGAUGAAGCCACAGCCUCAGCUGAGCACUUCCUGCAGGAGUUGGUAUCUGACGCCAUGAUCGGCCACACUCAGGCCGUUUUUCAGUUCCUGUGUCCGCUCGACAAGCUGCUGAACGAGGAGGAGCAUUAUGCAGGCGUGUGGGGGAUUCUUAGCGGUCUGGCCUGCUUCCUCACUCCAGGCCAAGAGGAGGAAGAGAACUCAAGCCUGCAGACAGAAGUCCCCAAAGAAAACGCACUGCCAUCUCCACAUCCUGAGUCGACCUCCCUCUCUGCAGAAAAUCAUUGUAAUUCCACUCCUCUUCAAAACGGAUCUCCGCUCCCAAAGAUCGUCAUCUCCCAGUACAACAAUCCUCCAAAACAGCCUGAGGAAGCAGAAGCUAACCCGCAUGAAAACUGCCUCCAGGACUCUGAUAACACCUUAACCUCUCCCGUCAAAAUGAACAUCAAGGGACUGAGCAGAACCGGGUCGCAGGAGUCUCUGUCCUCCUCGAAGGCCAGCGGGGACGAGGAGCCGCCUGAUGAGACGCAGCGGGCGGCCGCAGAGGGGCCGUCGCGCCUCGGCUGCAGCUCAAAGUCGAAUAAAAAGGAGCAUACGUGUUUCAGGAUGUCGGGUGUAGCGGGGAAAACGAAAGGAAAGGAGACGAUGCCGGGUGCUCUGCAGAGAGGAGACGACUCUCAGGGUCAGAGAGGUCAAGGCAGCUGUGAGCAGCUGGAGUCAACCAAAGCCAUUAUUGAGCUGCUGAAAGAAAUAUCAGGAAACUCCAUCCUGAUCAACAUUUUUGAUGCCAUAUUAAAACCUGUGAUGCCCAUCUUGAAGAAGAAGAUUAACUCUUUCCUGAACAAGUUGAACCCGACGGAGGAGCAGAUGGUGGCCUACAUCGACGCUCUGCGCAGCAAUCUGUGGCCAGAGACCCAGCAGGUCACCGCUCCUCAUCCUCGCACCGACGAGGAGAGGAAGGAGACCCGAGAGCGAGCUCACAACCUCAUCAACGCUCGAUAUUCAAGCUAUCUCGUCCUGAAGAAGAUGGACGUGGAGUCGGUUUUUAAUAUCUUCCAGAACCAAGAGGAAAACAAAACUCUGAUCUGUAUGCUACUCGCGUUCCUGUUGAGGGAGUUUCUGCCUAGCGAUCCCUCGCUGCAAAUCAGUGCUGCGAUUCUUCACAAAGUGACCAACCACGCCAACUAAGCUGUGAAACCUGCCUUUAUUUUAAUGUGCAACCAUUUUUUAA